AUGUGGCCAGCUAUUGUAACUCUCAUUGUGAGGGUGUUUCCGUUAGUCCCAGACCUCACUCGUCCCCAAUAUCCCUUUCGUGUGCCUUCCGAUUGGACCUUUGCGAGGACUAAAAAAAAUGGCCCCGGGUCAGGAUCAAGCCCGGAAACAGCCAACUGCUGCGCAGCGCAACUCGGAAGAAUUAAUGAGAUCUUUAUCCCGGCAGAUGAGGAAGAUUGGAAUGACCUUGUUGCCCGCAAAGCCGGCCUGAGAAACAAAAGCAUCCACACAAUCCCUGCCGACUGGGUGGCAUCCGCCUCAGAGCCCACCAACUCCCAAUAUGUGAUGCUCCGAUCAUGCUCGCCCCGAGGAAUGCCUAUUAACUCAUUUACGGGGGAAUGUGCCCAGUUUGGGUUCACCACCCAAGUCCUGGACGCAGCUGCUGUGACCCUGAGUGCUUCGACAGAAUGGGCCCGGGUCUUUGUCUACUAUGAGGCGCCUGCACGAGCAAACCAUAUGAACAUAUUUGAAGAAGUGAAGAAGAGAAUGUGCACUGUGAAUAGCGAUACGACUCUUAUCCAAGAGGCCUGCGAGGUCGCGGGCUGGUUGAUGAACUCCGAUAGGCAGGUAGCCCACUUCAACGGACACUUUAUGUUGAUUUCGCAAGAUCGUCACGAACUCUUCAUUACUUUCGUGCCAUUCGAGGAGGGCUACAAAGAGGAGGAAUGGGACCAGCACCGACGCCUUCCUUGUCAUGAACACAUUUGGCCCGUUUUGCACGAACUGCCCUGA